CUAACAGAAUCUGAACAGAGAGAGGCCGUGUUUCCCACCCGGCAGUCGCUGGGUCUGAUGAAGGGUAAACUGAAGGGUGCUCAGACCGGCCAUGACUUGCUCAAGCGCAAGAGUGAGGCCCUGACCAAACGUUUCCGAGAAAUCACCCGCCGUAUCGACGAUGCAAAGCGCAAGAUGGGCAGAGUCAUGCAGAUUGCGGCCUUCUCCCUCGCAGAGGUCAGCUACGCCAUUGGCGGCGCUGGAAUCGGCUACCAGAUCCAGGAGUCGGUCAAGUCGGCAAAGUUCCGUGUUCGCACUCGCCAGGAGAACGUCAGCGGUGUCUUCCUACCUCAGUUCGAGAGUUUCCAGACCGAGGGCAACAACGACUUCGGCCUGACUGGUCUGGGUAAAGGAGGUCAGCAGGUCCAACGCUGCAGGGAGACAUAUGUCAGAGCAGUCGAGACCCUGGUUGAGCUCGCCAGUCUGCAGACAGCCUUUGUCAUCCUAGACGAUGUCAUCAAGGUCGUAAAUCGCAGAGUCAACGCCAUCGAGCACGUUAUCAUCCCCCGCACAGAAAACACCAUCAAGUACAUCAACUCAGAGCUCGACGAGCUCGACAGAGAGGAGUUCUUCAGACUGAAGAAGGUGUCGGGCAAGAAGGAAAGAGAUGCUCAGGCAGAGGAGGCCGAACGUCAAAAGGCCAAAAAGGCCGAAGAAGAGAAGGGCAUCGACUCGCAGGCCGACAAUGGGCCUCAGGACAUGCUAGGAGGGGGAGAGGAUGAUGAGGAUGUCAUUUUCUGA